CUCUUUCCUCGCCCGCCCGCCCGCUCUCGCUCUCUCGCUCUCUCUCUCGCUCUCUCUCGCGGCCGCUCCGACGCCAGCAGCGCCCGCGUGCCGCUCGCCCAGCCCCGGGGGAGCCCGAGGAAGUUUCCCGGGCCGCGCGCCCCGCUCGCUCGCCUCGUAGCCCGCGGCCUCACCCGCCGCCGCGCCCGCCAUGCCCUCGGCCAAACAAAGGGGCUCCAAGGGCGGCCACGGCGCCGCGAGCCCCUCGGAGAAGGGCGCCCACCCGUCGGGCGGCGCGGAUGACGUGGCGAAGAAGCCGCCGCCGGCGCCGCAGCAGCCGGCGCCGCCCGCGCCGCACCCGCAGCAGCACCCGCCGCAGCAUCCGCAGAACCAGGCGCACGGUAGGGGCGGCCACCGCGGCGGCAAGUCCUCCUCCGCUGCCGCCGCCGCCGCAGCUGCUGCCGCCUCGUCCUCGGCGUCCUGCUCGCGCAGGCUCGGCCGGGCGCUCAACUUUCUCUUCUACCUCGCGCUGGUGGCGGCGGCCGCCUUCUCGGGCUGGUGUGUCCACCACGUCCUGGAGGAGGUCCAGCAGGUCCGGCGCAGCCACCAGGACUUCUCCCGGCAGAGGGAGGAGCUGGGUCAGGGCUUGCAGGGCGUCGAGCAGAAGGUACAGUCUCUGCAAGCCACCUUUGGGACUUUUGAGUCCAUCGUGAGAAGCUCCCAGCAUAAACAAGAUCUCACAGAGAAAGCCGUGAAGCAAGGGGAGAGUGAGAUCAACCGCAUCAGUGAAGUUCUACAAAAACUCCAGAAUGAGAUACUCAAAGACCUCUCCGACGGGAUCCACGUGGUGAAGGAUGCCCGGGAGCGGGACUUCACGUCCCUGGAGAACACGGUAGAGGAGAGGCUGACCGAGCUCACCAAGUCCAUCAACGACAACAUCGCCAUCUUCACCGAGGUCCAGAAGAGGAGCCAGAAGGAAAUAAAUGACGUGAAGGCCAAGGUCGCCUCUCUGGAAGACUCAGAGGGGUACAAACAGGACUUGAAAGCCUUGAAGGAAGUGGUGAAGGAAAUACAAAUCUCGGUGAAGUCCAAAGAGAAGGACAUUGAGGCCCUGAGAAGCACCGUUCAGACCAUGGAGUCAGAUGUCUACACAGAGGUCAAAGAGCUGGUGAGUCUCAAACAGGAGCAGCAGAGGUUCAAGGAGGCGGCCGAUUCGGAACACCUGACCCUGCAGGCCCUCACGGAGAAGAUCCUCCGGGCCGAGGAGUCUGCCGCCCGCCUCCCGGAGGAGAUCCAGAGACUAGAGGAGGAGCUGGGCCAGCUGAAGGCCGCAGCUCUCCGGCCGGAAGAAGACGGGGUCUUUAGACCCUCCGAGGCCUUUGAAACGCUCCAGAAGGAGAGCCAGGGCUUGGACUCGCGGCUGCAGAGCGCGGAGGACGGGGUGCAGGCAGCGCAGGAGGCCUGGGCGCGCCAAAGCGAGAGCCUGGAGGGCCUGCGCGCGCAGAGCGCGGAGCAUGCGCAGCGCCUGGCGGAGCUGCGGGAGCGCCUGGCCGGCCUGGGCCCCGCCCCCGACGCCGCCGACAGCGGCCUGGCGGGCGCGGUGCGCGGCCUCAGCGAGUCCCAGGCCUCGCUGUCCAGCGACGUGGACGAGCUGAAGCGCCGUGUGGCGGAGCUCCCCGGCGCAGUGGAGGCGCUACAGAAGGUGCAGGAGCAGGUCCGCACGCUGCUUGACCGGGACGCCGCCACCGCCGCGCCCCCACAGGACCUGCUGGACAGACUCUCCUCUCUCGACAACCUCAGAGCCUCGGUGGGCCAGGUGGAGUCGGACUUGAAAAUGCUCAGGACUGCCGUGGACAGUUUGGUCGCGUACUCAGUGAAGAUCGAGACCAACGAGAACAACUUGGAAUCGGCCAAGGGCUUGCUAGAGGACCUGAGGAAUGACCUGGAUAGGUUGUUUGUGAAAGUGGAAAAGAUUCACGAGAAAGUCUAAAUGGAUUGCGUGUGCAGGGCGCGGAUGGCGAGUCCAGGUUCUCAUGACCAAAAAAAUGUGUCGUUCGCUCCCGCGCCCCUCCCCCCACGGCCUGGUCCCUCCGGAAGAGCCGGCCACACCGCCGGGACCCCCCCGGGCCUUCUGUGUUUUUGUGCCCGGUUAAUUUAUUUAAGAUUGUUACCACGCGCCAUUGGUUGCGAAAGUUUUCUGCUUCUGCUUUGGGUGGGUUUCCUGAAGGGCCCGGCCCCUGUUCAUCUGAGGUGCCUUCUAGAAGGAAUGUGCCUCUCUAGUGUUGGGGAGGAACUGUAGUGGCUGCAACCGAGGAUUAACAGAAGCAGAUUAACCUCAAAAACCCUGCCUGGCCGGCAGAUUUCAAGUUUAAAAAAAAAAAAAAAAUGGGGGGAGGAGGUACUUUUUUUUUCUAAACGUCUUUGAGGAAAAUUCUUUUUUUUUUUUUUUUAUACUUUUGGCCGAAGUUUUCAUGAGAUGUCACUCACUUCCUGUCUUCCAUUUUAAACUGGUUACAACUCAAAUGUCAGCUCUGGAUUGGGAGCGGGACAAGCCCCUCCGUUUUUAGUUGAAAAGAAUCAGCUGCUUGCCGGUUGCCUCCUGUGGUGUGGGUGUCUUUUCCAUUCCUGAAUCAUCUCGAGAUCUCAAAGGUAACUAUGCAAAGAAUCCGAACGGUUCUGAAUGCGAAGGCACAACCCCCCACAGAGUCCCCUGUGGCUGACCUGUGUCACCUCUUGGGAGGGUCCCCAAAUAAUUCGAUUAGAAUAGGGGUUUAGAAUCCCUGGAAGGGGGAGCCCUUGGAUUCUUUCAGGAAAUAUAUUGGGAGGGCUGCUCCUAAAGGCACGGGCUGCCUCCCUGGGGAGUGGAGGCUACGGCUUUCUUUUUGCCAUGAUGUCCAUGAAGAGGUUUGCCAUUAGAGCAGACCCCAUCCGUCUGUGAGGAACGUGUGCAUUUUCUGUAGCUGUUUGCUGUUUCAUUUUGAGCUGUACUGUUCUUUAAUGGCUGUCUUGCCCUUUAAAAAAGAAAAAAAUGAAAAGAAAAAUGAAAAAAAAAAGGUUUGUUUAGUUUACUGUGAAAUGAACUGUAUGGCUUAUUUACAGUAUUUUUAAUUCUUAAUAAACACUUGAGCUUUGUUACGA